ACCUUCUCUAUUUGCCAUGGGGACAAAGGGAAUACACGAUAGAUCGAUGAAUAAGGAAAUCUAGCUUCAUUUGUGGUCUCAAAGUAAAGAGAUCCAUUACAUCACCAACAAAAAAAGAUCCUUCAUGUUUCAUUAUCUACCUAUAUUUUAAUAUUUUUUCUUCCAAAUCAUCGACCCUUUCAUUCCUGUCCUACGAAUCCAUAUGCUCAGUCUACUGUUUCUUUAGGGUUUCUUCCAUUUUUUCACUAGAUCUACAUGGACUUCGUUCAUAUGUUCUUAAAAUUUCAAGGGUUUCUCUGUUAACAAUCUCUUUGCCCCAAAUCUUGAACUCAAGUCUCUAGGUUUUUCACUUGUUUUUCUUUCUCAAACUUGGAAAUGGUGAGAGGAAAGGUUGAGCUGAAAAGAAUAGAGAACACAACAAGCAGACAAGUUACUUUCACGAAGAGGAGGAAUGGGCUUCUGAAGAAGGCUUAUGAGCUUUCAGUUCUUUGCGAUGCUGAAGUUGCUUUGAUUAUUUUCUCUCAAAAGGGUAAACUCUAUGAGUUUUCAAGCUCCAACAUGCAGAAGACAAUUGAAAAGUAUCGUUCAGAUGUUAAGAAAGAUGAAAUCUGCACACCUGAAAAUGAAGUACACGUACAGCAACUGAAGCAAGAAGCUGCCGCCAUUCAACAACAAAUAGAGCAACUUGAAAUUUCCCAACGGAGGCUUUUGGGACAAGAUCUGGUAUCAUGUUCAGUAGAGGAACUAAGCCAUUUAGACAAUAAGUUGGAGCAUACAUUGAGAACCAUUAGGGCAAGAAAGACUCAGUUAUUUAAAGAGCAAGUUGAAAAACUGAAAGCAAAGGAAAGAUACCUCUUGGAAGAAAAUGCAAGAUUGUGCCAAGAAAACACAAGUUUAUGCCAAAAGUCAUGUCAGCGCAUUGCAACUCCAUCCCAACUGUACUCAACGAAGCAGAAGGAUCCAGUUAUAAGCAACCAAAGUAGCCAGUUUUCGGAAGUGGAGACCGAACUAUUUGUCGGCCUGCGCGUCUCUCAAAAUUCUACAAAUUUAUAGUUCUAAAAAUUUGGCAAGUUUGAUCAAUAACCCAUCUCCAUAAAAAUAGGAUGAAUGUAGUUUUAUGUGCAUGAGAAUCCGGCAAAAUAUGUAACAAAAAUAUGAAGAUGUCAACCUUUCAAGCACAGAAUAAAAGGUUGAUACAUCUUACAUGUACUUUAUUAAUAAGAGUAUAAGACCAUCAUUUCUUUUA